UGGCCCCCCGCCGCCGGAGCCGCCGCCGCCUCAGCCGCCGCUGGACUAGGAGCUGGGGAACAUGGCGCCGGGGCCACCGUUGCUGCUGCUGGUAUCCUGGAGGCCGGGUCCGCGCUGAGGGCACCCAGCUGAAAUGAGGUUUUCUUGCUCGGGCCAGUCUCAAACUCGCUCAAGUGAUCUUCCUGUCUGCCUCCCAGAAUGGAAGAAAUGUUGGCUAUUUGUCUAUGAGAAGUGGCGAAAACUGACCUCUUACUGGUAUAUAACACUAUGGGACCUGACACUUUGGCUGCAUGGCUAUCCAGCCCCCACUGAUAAUGUCAGGAGCCAUUUGCUCCUCUAGAAAACACUAAUCUGAUCUUGGAAGUGACUGAUCGUGGCAGGAUGUGUCGACGAUGAUGAUGGCAAGAAAGCAAGAUGUCCGAAUUCCCACCUACAACAUCAGUGUGGUGGGAUUGUCUGGAACAGAGAAGGAGAAGGGCCAGUGUGGCAUUGGAAAGUCUUGUCUGUGCAACCGCUUUGUGCGUCCAAGUGCUGAUGAGUUUCACUUGGACCAUACCUCUGUUCUCAGCACCAGUGACUUUGGUGGGCGAGUGGUCAAUAAUGACCACUUUCUCUACUGGGGAGAAGUUAGUCGCUCCCUGGAGGAUUGUGUGGAAUGUAAAAUGCACAUCGUGGAGCAAACUGAAUUUAUUGAUGAUCAAACUUUUCAACCUCAUCGAAGCACAGCCCUGCAGCCCUAUAUCAAGAGAGCUGCUGCAACCAAGCUUGCAUCAGCCGAAAAACUCAUGUACUUUUGCACUGACCAGCUGGGGCUGGAACAGGACUUUGAACAGAAACAAAUGCCAGAUGGAAAGCUGCUGAUUGAUGGGUUUCUUCUUGGUAUUGAUGUUAGCAGGGGCAUGAACAGGAACUUUGAUGACCAGCUCAAGUUUGUGUCCAAUCUCUAUAAUCAGCUUGCAAAAACAAAAAAGCCUAUAGUGGUGGUCCUGACUAAGUGUGAUGAGGGUGUCGAGCGGUACAUUAGAGAUGCACAUACUUUUGCCUUAAGCAAAAAGAACCUCCAAGUUGUAGAGACCUCUGCAAGAUCCAAUGUAAAUGUGGACUUGGCUUUCAGCACCUUAGUGCAACUCAUUGAUAAAAGUCGGGGAAAGACAAAAAUCAUUCCUUAUUUUGAAGCUCUCAAGCAACAAAGUCAGCAGAUAGCUACAGCAAAAGACAAGUAUGAGUGGCUGGUGAGUCGCAUUGUGAAAAACCACAAUGAGAAUUGGCUGAGUGUCAGCCGAAAGAUGCAAGCCUCUCCAGAGUACCAGGACUAUGUCUACCUAGAAGGGACUCAGAAAGCUAAGAAGCUAUUUCUACAGCAUAUCCACCGUCUCAAGCAUGAGCAUAUUGAGCGCAGGAGAAAGCUAUACCUAGCAGCCCUGCCAUUAGCUUUUGAAGCUCUUAUACCUAAUCUAGAUGAAAUAGACCACCUAAGCUGCAUAAAAGCCAAAAAGCUCUUAGAAACCAAGCCAGAAUUCUUGAAGUGGUUUGUUGUACUUGAAGAGACACCAUGGGAUGCCACCAGCCACAUUGACAACGUGGAAAAUGAACGGAUUCCCUUUGACUUAAUGGAUACUGUCCCUGCAGAGCAGCUAUACGAGGCCCACUUAGAGAAGCUGAGGAAUGAGAGGAAAAGAGUUGAGAUGAAAAGGGCAUUUAAAGAAAACCUGGAGACCUCUCCUUUCAUAACUCCUGGAAAGCCUUGGGAAGAAGCCCGUAGUUUUAUUAUGAAUGAAGAUUUCUACCAGUGGCUAGAAGAACCUGUAUACUUGGAUAUUUAUGGCAAACACCAAAAGCAAAUUAUAGAUAAAGCAAAGGAAGAAUUUCAAGAGUUGCUGUUAGAAUAUUCAGAAUUGUUUUAUGAGCUAGAGCUGGAUGCUAAGCCUAGCAAGGAAAAGAUGGGUGUCAUUCAGGAUGUUCUGGGGGAAGAACAACGAUUUAAAGCAUUACAGAAGCUCCAAGCGGAACGUGAUGCACUUAUUCUAAAGCACAUUCAUUUUGUGUACCACCCAACAAAGGAGACAUGCCCCAGCUGCCCAGCUUGUGUGGACGCUAAGAUUGAGCACUUGAUUAGUUCUCGGUUUAUCCGACCGUCUGACCGGAAUCAGAAAAAUUCACUCUCUGACCCCAACAUUGAUAGAAUCAACCUUGUUAUAUUGGGCAAAGAUGGCCUUGCCCGAGAGUUGGCCAAUGAGAUUCGAGCUCUUUGUACAAAUGAUGACAAGUAUGUGAUAGAUGGUAAAAUGUAUGAGCUUUCCUUGAGGCCAAUAGAGGGGAAUGUCAGGCUUCCUGUGAACUCCUUUCAGACACCAACAUUUCAGCCCCAUGGCUGUCUCUGCCUUUAUAAUUCAAAAGAGUCACUAUCCUAUGUGGUGGAGAGUAUAGAGAAGAGUAGAGAGUCCACGCUUGGCAGGCGAGAUAAUCAUUUAGUCCAUCUCCCUCUGACGUUAAUUUUAGUUAACAAGAGAGGAGACACCAGUGGAGAGACUCUGCAUAGCUUAAUACAACAAGGUCAGCAAAUUGCUAGCAAACUUCAGUGUGUCUUUCUUGACCCUGCUUCUGCAGGCAUUGGUUAUGGACGUAAUAUUAAUGAAAAGCAAAUCAGUCAAGUUUUGAAGGGACUCCUGGACUCUAAGCGUAACUUAAACCUAGUCAGUUCUACUGCUAGCAUCAAAGAUUUGGCUGAUGUAGAUCUACGAAUUGUUAUGUGUCUGAUGUGUGGAGAUCCUUUUACUGCAGAUGACAUACUCUUUCCUGUCCUUCAGUCCCAAACCUGUAAGUCUUCCCAUUGUGGAAGCAACAACUCUGUUGUACUCGAACUCCCAAUUGGACUACACAAGAAGCGUAUUGAACUGUCUAUUCUUUCAUACCAUUCCUCAUUUAGCAUUAGAAAGAGCCGUUUGGUUCAUGGGUACAUUGUUUUUUAUUCAGCCAAACGUAAGGCAUCUUUGGCUAUGUUACGUGCCUUUCUUUGUGAAGUGCAGGACAUUAUUCCCAUUCAGCUUGUAGCACUCACUGAUGGCUCUGUAGAUGUCCUAGACAAUGACUUAAGUCGGGAACAGCUGACCGAGGGGGAGGAGAUUGCUCAAGAAAUCGAUGGAAGGUUUACAAGCAUCCCCUGUAGCCAACCCCAGCAUAAACUUGAGAUCUUUCAUCCAUUUUUUAAAGAUGUGGUGGAGAAAAAGAACAUAGUCGAGGCUACUCACAUGUAUGAUAACGUUGCCGAGGCCUGUAGCACCACGGAAGAGGUGUUUAACUCCCCCCGGGCAGGGUCACCACUCUGUAACUCAAACCUGCAGGAUUCAGAAGAAGAUAUCGAGCCCCCAUCUUAUGGCCUGUUUCGAGAAGAUGCAUCACUGCCUUCUCUAUCCAAAGAUCAUUCUAAGCUCUCUAUGGAACUGGAGGGAAAUGAUGGGCUGUCUUUCAUCAUGAGCAAUUUUGAGAGUAAACUGAACAACAAAGUACCUCCACCAGUCAAACCAAAGCCUCCUGUCCAUUUUGAAAUCACAAAGGGGGAUCUGUCUUAUUUAGACCAAGGCCAUAGGGGGGAUGGCCAGAGGAAGUCUGUGUCUUCUAGUCCCUGGCUGCCUCAGGAUGGGUUUGAUCCUUCUGACUAUGCUGAACCCAUGGAUGCUGUGGUCAAGCCGAGGAAUGAAGAAGAAAACAUAUAUUCUGUGCCCCAUGACAGCACCCAAGGCAAAAUCAUUACCAUUCGGAAUAUAAAUAAAGCCCAGUCCAAUGGCAGUGGGAAUGGUUCUGACAGUGAAAUGGACACCAGCUCUCUAGAGCGAGGCCGCAAGGUUUCCAUCGUGAGUAAGCCAGUGCUAUACAGGACGAGAUGCACCCGGCUCGGGAGGUUUGCUAGUUAUCGAACUAGCUUCAGCGUGGGGAGUGAUGAUGAGCUGGGGCCCAUCCGGAAAAAAGAGGAGGAUCAGGCUUCACAAGGUUAUAAAGGGGACAACGCCGUUAUUCCAUAUGAAACAGAUGAAGAUCCAAGGAGGAGGAAUAUUCUUCGCAGCCUGAGAAGGAAUACUAAGAAACCAAAGCCGAAACCCCGGCCAUCCAUUACAAAGGCAACUUGGGAAAGUAAUUAUUUUGGAGUACCCUUAACAACCGUUGUGACUCCAGAGAAGCCGAUCCCCAUUUUUAUUGAAAGAUGUAUUGAGUACAUUGAAGCCACAGAUGGAGUCUCACUCGGUUGCCCCAGACCAAAGUAUCAUGGUGUCAUAGCUCACAGCAACCUCAAAUUACUGGACUCAAGUGAUCUUCUUGCCUCUGCCUCCCUAGUAGCUGGGACUACAGGUCUGAGCACUGAAGGCAUCUACCGGGUCAGUGGAAACAAGUCAGAGAUGGAAAGUCUGCAGAGACAGUUUGAUCAAGACCACAACCUGGACUUGGCAGAGAAAGACUUUACAGUGAACACUGUGGCUGGUGCCAUGAAGAGCUUUUUCUCAGAACUGCCAGACCCUCUGGUCCCAUACAACAUGCAGAAUGACUUGGUGGAGGCACACAAAAUCAACGACCGGGAGCAGAAGUUACAUGCCCUUAAGGAGGUAUUAAAGAAAUUUCCAAAGGAAAACCACGAAGUCUUCAAAUAUGUCAUCUCUCACCUUAACAAAGUCAGCCACAACAACAAGGUGAAUCUCAUGACCAGCGAGAAUCUCUCCAUCUGCUUCUGGCCCACCUUGAUGAGACCUGAUUUCAGCACCAUGGACGCCCUCACGGCCACGCGGACCUAUCAGACAAUCAUUGAGCUCUUCAUUCAGCAGUGCCCCUUCUUCUUCUACAACCGACCCAUCAGUGAGCCUCCCGGCACCAUGCCCAGCUCCCCCUCAGCCAUGUCUUCUACCGUCCCCUUCCUCACUUCCACACCUGUCACAAAUCAGCCAUCACCCCCCCAGUCACCCCCACCCACCCCCCAGUCCCCUAUGCAGCCACUGCUCCCCUCCCAGCUUCAAGCCGAACACACUCUGUGAGCCACUAAGGCCUGGGGUGACAAGAGAACCAGUCUUCUCUCUGAUGGGGUAGCAUUUGACCUUGAACAUAACCAAGUCCACUGGAGCAGGGGCAGGGGCAAGUGUCCCUCUCCCCAUCACCUUCUCAAGACCUCAGUGGUAGCUCCAGCCAAUGGUCUGCCAUAGGCUGUGCUAUCAGGCGCCCUGGCCCAGUGCUGCACACCUGGGGCUGGCUGUAGGCAGCAGCCAUGGGGCCUGCCUUUUGACUUGGACCCCCUUUGAGGACUGAACUAGUGAGGCAGCAGCUCUAGUGCCCCUCCAGGCGCUCCCUGCUCCCGGGACUACCUGCCCACCUGUCAGUGCACACCAGCCUCAGGGCAUCACACGCCCCCCCACCCCAUCUUGUAUAGAGCCCAUUACUGGGAUAGUGCCCUGGCCUCUUCCAGGGGGAAGAGGAUAUCUGAGAUUCAGGCCUGCCCUAGUGCAGGGCCAGCAGCCCCUGAAGAGAACACUUCCCAUUUAUUUCACCUGUCUCUCUUGCACACACACCCACUUGGUGGCAAGUACACCUGGCUGGCAGCCUCCUUACAAAUGGUGGCCACAGCUCUACCACCCCAAGGUACAUGCUGAGAUCAUCUGCCCAGCAGAUCAGAACAGAAGGAUGGCCUCAUGCCUGGACCUAAUGUGACUUCCCUCCCCAUCCCCAACCUCUCCUCUGUCCCCCCAAACCUCACUGGCUUCCAGAUACAUUCUCUUUAAAACAAAAGAACACUGGAAGAAAAAAUGGGAAAAACCCUCCAAUAAUUAAAACAAAAAGGAAAGAACCACAGAAUAAAAACUACAGACCUCAAGAUACCAUUCUCCUCCUACCUCUGCUGGGAGGCAGAUAGGUGGAGAUGACCCUUGUCUUUGUGACAACAAAACCAGGAUGCCUGGGGCUGUGGCCUGAGAGCCUUGUGAAGUCCUACUUAGAUCUUGUCACCAGAUCCCCCUUUGUCCAAAAAAACCAUUGGAGCCCUUCAUGGAGAGAGCUGAGGAGACAGGCAGACUAGCCAGCUCCUGGGCCACCCUGGGACACGGCGUACUGCUGUGGAAACACUACUGCUGUGUGUGUGUGUGUGUGUUUGUGUGUGCAUGCGCCCCUGAGUGAGGGGAGGAUGGGACAGGUGGGGAGUGCCAGGUGCACUCGGGGUGUGGGUUUGUGUGUUUGGUGUUGAAGUGGAAUCCUUGCAUCCCAGCUGUGGAAGUUCGCCAGCAGGGGCACUUAUGAGAUGCAGGCCACGUGUGGGGCACUUUGAAGGAAUGAUGGCCGACAGGGCCCUUCUAGGGACGUUCUUCCAGAUCCUGCCUGUCUACCACCCUGGCCCAGUCUUUCCCCUCACCCUAGGAGAGCUCUCCUGACACCCCAUCUCUGCUGCCUUGCCAGGCUGGGACAAACAGUGUCUGUCCCCACUCUCGACAUUUUCACCUUCUUGGCUGGGCAGUGACUUCUACAGCCAAGAACCCUGACAUUAAGGCACCCUGGGCAUAAGCCAGGGGGCGGGGGCAAGAGGGCCCUGCACCACACAGUCCUUGGGGCUCAUUGCACUUUAAGAAACAGCAUCUGUGGUAUGUUCUGAGGGCCUAGCAGGAGCAGGAGAUGCCUCCGGACAGGCUCUGGUUGCUCCUGCACAGAUGUCUCCUUCUGGUAGUUGGAGGGUAGCGUGGGCCCUUCGCACCUCUUUUUCUGGAGAGCUGCUGUCUUCCCGUCUCUAGUUCUUGAUGGAAAUAAAGGGGUAUAGAAAUACUAAACUACCCUCGCCCAGGUUACCACCUCCGUAAGAACACAGAGAACAAACGCAAGGUGCAGAUGUAUUAUGACAUUUAGGAUGGUGAACAAGUUUUCUCUUCCGGGGAUUUGGACCUGGUUCUGCAGGCCCAGGGUUGGCUGGAAAGUGGUAUCUGUGUUUAUUAGUGACAGGUUGGCAGACGCUUUCUCUGGUUCUCAAACUACCCCAGCCCUGGGCCCCAAGCAGAUGAAGAAAUCCUCCAUUCAUCAACCUUUCUGCCUUUCUCUAGGUUACCCUCACCCAGUCAGCUCUAAAAGGAAUAGUGGGUGUCCUGGGGCCAUCCCUGUGUGAACAAAGGGAAAAGUACCCCAGUCCCCUCACUGCCUGGUCUGAUACUACCACAUCCUAUGUCCUGGCACUCUGGACCCUGCCCCCAUGUUGACUGACCCAUCCCUGACUGCACAGAUGUGUGUAUAUUAUCAGCAAUUUCUUCAGGUGGAUGGGGACAGCUCAGUGAGGGGACACCUGUGCUUUGCAUCUUACCCCUGCAAAGGUAGCAGAACCCAGGCCUUGGGGAGCCCCCAGCACAACAGCACCCCUGUCAGCCAGUAUAGGUGGAAGCAGGGCUGCCACACAUACCAGCUCGUCCCAGGCCCACCAGGGCCCUAGCGUUAGGCAGGUGGGGACUGUAAUGAUUCAUAUGCACUAGGUAGCCACAGUGCCCAGAAGCUCCAGGGGUUCCUCUAGUUUCGGUUUCCUCUGCUGACUGUUUAGCUCCCAUUUUCUGCUGCAGGCUGAGACAGGAGGACAUCUUGGUCAUUUCUGAGUUGGCACUGCCAGUAGUGGGCAGGGCUUCAGCUUCCAGUCAGGGCAGCACGCGGACCAAAUGGGCAUUUUAGACGCUUACAGAGAGUGCCUGGGGGCUGGAUGGGACAGGCUAGCCUUAAACAGAAUGAUGCCUACCCCUCACUUCAUCCAGGGCUUGAAACUCUGGAAAGUACUUUCACAGCUGAGCUGCACACAGCUCUCAGAUGUGGGGUGGUGGGUGCUGGCCUUGUCCAGAAUGGGUAAGCAGGUUCAUAGACACCACAUUUGGUAGAACUGAGUGGCUCCUGAUGGUGAGCUUAAGACUAACUGGCUCUGGCUCUGACAAUCCUAUGGUUACAUAGGACAGGGGAGUCAGGUGUAGGUGGCAUGGCUUGUGAAUGCAUGAGAUUCUUGGCUGUGUGGAAUACUGGGUAUCUCACACCACAUGCUUAUUCUACACUCCAUCACGCCAUACUUCCCAUCACUGCACCCUCAGGAGGCAUAGGGGACAUGAGUUCAGUGCCCCUGCUUCCUGUGUUCUCUGGCCUCCCACCCCUUGGUUAUUCCUGCUUGAAGACCCAGCAGUGUUGCCAGGUCAGAGUCUUCUGACAGAAUGUCUUUGCCACAGUGGACAGAGCGAUGUCAGAGGACAAGGCUGGGGUGUAGAUAAGCCCUCCUUCCCUGGGCCUGGGCCUCUGCUCCUGCUAGUUCAGGGAGGACCUAGUCAAGCCCAGCGUCCACUUGGCAGAGACUCACCUAAACCACCAGGCAUUCUGGCCUCACACCACAAAAUCUGACAGUAAGCCAGCUGGACAUCUUGUUAUCGAAAGUUAUUUCCAGCUGUGCUCCACUCCCACCCUCUGCUGUGAGAAGGAGGGCACUAUCUGGGGGGCGUUGGCUAGAAGUAGUGCUUGGUGGCAGAGUUGCCCUUUUCCAAGAAAGAAUCUGCUGGGCUUCGAGUAAGUGGCUGGGGGGGUCCAGGUUCACUUGCCCCAUGAUAUCACUUGCAGUGGCCAUGUCCGCCUCAGAGCACAUGGCCUUGUCCAGGGGAAGUGGCAUGGGAGGGGCUAGAGAGUAAGGAGCUGUCACUUCCAGGACUGCUGACCUGGAGAGGCCGCCGCCUCUGGGAUCCUCUGAGUCAGAUCCUUCUUACCUCUGCCCCCUUGGCCACUGCCUGUGGGCUCCUCCCAGCAGCCCUCCUGCGUCAGGACACCCCACCAUGCUAUACUUCACUGUAGUUGAGACAGGGCGUAAGUUAUUGUUCGCAUAAAAAAGAAUCAUGUUCCCUGUGUACAUUUAAGGGAAAAAAGGAAAUAUCUCAGAAUUGUAUGGGAAUAAAACUUGUUUGAAAAUUUGGAAUAGUGCUGCUGCCAGCUUAUUUUUCUGGUACUUGUAUUUUCACAUGUUAAAUGAUCUUUAUAUAUGUUGAAUUAACAAAUAUUUUCAGUUUCCUGAGAAACACAAAAACAUUAAUGGUAUUGAAAUGUGUUAGUAGUCUGGCUGUGUGCCCAAAAUUCUGUUUUGCAGCAAAAGUGGAGAACUGUAUGUAAAGAAAGUAUAACAGUUAAUUUCUUUGUAUCGUAGGGGCUUUAACCAGGACAUCCUCUAGUUGGUGCUAGGAAUGUUUGCUUAAUUUCCAGACUUUUUUUAAGACACGUCAUGGGUUUUUCGAGGCUCCAACCUGAUUAGUGCAUGGUCAGCCCUUAACUAAGGCUGAGGCAUCUCUGACUGAGGUGUUUUUGUUUGGUUUUGUUUUUUAAAAUCAUGUAUUUGCUACGAAGUAUUGUACUUGUCUCAAUGGGAAUGGUGUAAAAAACUGAAAAGGCCUUAUGUGAUAUGUAUCAUACUUAAUAAAUCAAUCUUGUAAAAAAC